AUGAGCCCGCACGUCUGGUUGCUCGCAAUCCUCUUCCUCUGCCAGUACCGCCAGUCUCAUCUGUAUGUGCUGACAGUGGUGGAUUUUUGUCGCGAGGUUGCCGUCAGCGGGUUCAGCAGCGUCACGCUCGGUCAACUCAGUGGUGGUCCUCUGUCGCUGAUGCAGCAACGCAUCAUGGAGCACGUGCGCGACUCAGUUGGAGCGCUGGGGGCUCCACCGGCAGGCGUCGACACCUCGGAAGCUCUGCGGAGGCUUCGAGCGCCUGGCUUCUACGGCUCCGACGAGGACGUGAAGCUGGGGAACUACAAUCCCGAUCUGCUCUCGCUGCCGUCCGUGGGGAGCCAUGCGGUUCCGCUCGCGGACUUGUGGGGUGCAGGCGGGCGCAGGCGCGUCGCGGAGUUCGUCCGCGAUAGUGUGCUACCUGCGGGACCGGCGCUGGAGAGGAGGAAGAUGUGCGGCGUGAGGGCGCCCUAUUCCGACCCAGCUCUUCGCCAACCGCGUGUGUGGAGCGACUUUGUCUCGCGGCUUCAUCGCAGCGGCCUGCUAGAUUUUGCCUACGACCGCGGCAGAGAGUCCGUGGAGCUCUUCUGCGUUCCGAAAAAGGAUCAGCGAUUGAGACUCGUUUGCGAUUGCCGUCGCAGCAACGUCUGGUUUCGCGAGCCUGAUAAUGCCACUCUUUGUGCUGGUGAGACUCUUGGGAACCUCGAAGUCGGUGAAGGCGAGGCGCUCUAUAUUUCGGAAGCUGACCUGUCCAAUGCAUUCUACCAUUUGCAGCUGCCUGUCGAGUUGCGGGAUCUGUUCGCCCUUAGGCGCGUCCGUGCUCGUGAUAUCGGCUUGACUGAGAUUGGCGGGCAACCAGUGCGCGACGGGGCGUGGGUAUACCCAAGACUGCGCGUGUGCCCCAUGGGGUGGACUUGGGCAUUGUGGUUGUGUCAACGUGUGCAUGAGAGAUUGGUCGAGCGGUGUGGAGGACAACCCGAAGAGAGGUUACAGGAUCGUCGUGUCAUUCCCUCUCUGGCGGGGGCCUGCCAUCUCGAGUAUGUCGACAACUUCGUGGCCAUUUCGACUGUCGCCUCCAAGGUGCAUCGCCUCGCGUCCGCCGUCGUGGAGGGGUUCAGGGAGGCGGGGUUGGUCGUGACCGCCGAUGUCGACUCGCCCGGAGAGGAUCUCGCUCGGGACCGCACCGUCUUGGGAUGGGAUGCCAGCUGUCGUGCCGCUGUCCUGAGGCCUACCCGGGCCCGUGUCUGGAGGGCCCGCUUGUGUGUCCGUGCCUUGCUUCGUCGUGGCCGCGUCUCUGGGAAGGUCCUCGAGAGGCUUGCGGGGCACAUGGGGUUCAUCAGCCUGGUCCGACGGGAAAGCCUCUCGGUCUUCGACACGCUGUUCGCGUUCAUCCGCCGCUUCUACUACGAGGAGGCCCCGCUGUGGCCCAGUGUCAUCAACGAGCUCACGAUCUGGGAGGGGAUCGCGCCGCUGCUGUGGCGCAACCUGAAGGCCUCGUGGGGGCCGUCGCUGUGCGCCGUCGACGCGUCCCCGACCGGUCUGGGAGUCUGCUCGUCGCCGAUCUCAGUCGAGGAGGCCCGGGGGCUUGGGAGACAUUGCGAGCGGUGGCGUUUCUCUCGGGGUGCGCGUCUUCCUCCGCGUCUUCAGGCUGCCGCCGCUGCCGCCGUGUCCAACGACCCCGAGGUGCAGUGGCUGUCCGGAGUGCACGACAGCGGGUCCAGAGGUCUCUGGGAUGUUGAUGGGGGGCCGCCGCCUGCUGGCAGUGCCGCCGCCGUUCUGGGUUCCGGGCUCGGCGAUUUUCGUGACACCGUGUUUCGUGAGGUGCCCCUGAAGCUCUUACGACGUGACUGGAAGAUUGUCGGGAGGUACAAGUGGAACGUUGAGGAGCCGAUGCCUAUCCUUGAGGGCCGGGCUAUCUUGUAUGCACUACGACACGCCCUGAGGAAUGUUCAGAACUUCGGGCGGCGGAUCGCGGUCCUGGGGGGCGCCCUCGUCGCUGCCUGCGCAGUCUCGAAGGGGCGGUCUGAUUCCAGGGCGAUGCUCAAGGUCACCCAGUCCGUUGCUGCUCUCUGUCUGGCCACUGGGUGCGUGUUGCACUGCCGGUGGCUCCCCUCAGAGUGGAACGUGGCUGACGGGCCCUCGAGAGGGCUUGCAGUUCCGUCAGUGCCGCAGCCGCUGUCCCUCUCGAAGCCUCACGAGCUGGAGUGGCUUCGCUCGGCUGGGCAGCCCGCGCCCGCCCCGCGGCCCCGCCCCGCGGCAGGAGGCGAUGCUGCUACGAGCGUCGCCGUCGACCGGCUCUCAGCCGACUGGGUCGGCUUCGCGGCCCUCGGGGAGGAGCAGUUUGACGCGGGCGCCGGCCGCUUCGAGCCCGUCUUCAUCGGCGGCGUUUCCUUCGCGGGCCGCUCCCAGCAGCGCGCCAGCGGCUGUGCCCCGCCGGGCGCCGCGGGCGCCGGCACGAGCACCAGCGCGGCGCGCCGGGCAGGCCCGCGUGAAGGAGGCGGCGAUGCGGCGGGCGGCCGCGACCGCGGCCGAGGGGCUGACCGUCUGCCAGACUCACUCGGUUCGCCCCGCUACGUUGCGGCUGUGCCAAGACGACUUUGCCUCGUUCAAGCGCUGGCUGAGUCGCCAGGGCCGCCCGAUGCCCGAGGGCGAGCUGGACACCGACCAGACCCUCUCCCAGUACCUGGACGAGAUGUACCUCGACGGCGCGCACGUCAGCUUGGGGCAGCGGAUGCUCGCCGCUGUGCUGUUCCACCAGUCGGCCCUGAGCAAGGCGGGCGGCGCGCGGAUGGCGCGCAGCCGCCGCGCGCUCAAGGGCUGGCAGCGCCUGGCGCCUGCAGGCUCCAGGCUCGGGGUGCCGUACGAGGUGAUGUGCAUGAUCGUGAUGUGGAUGUGGCUGCACGGCCUGUGGGGGGAGGGGCUCGUGACCUGGCUGACGUUCGAGAUGUACUAUCGCCCGAACGAGCCGUUCACCCUCCGCGCGCGGGACCUCGUGCCCCCGGUGGCGGGCUCGCGGGCCGGCGGCAGCUGGUCGCUGACGCUGCGUGCCCGCGAGCACGGGGUGGCGUCAAAGACCCAGGAGUUCGACCAGGCGCAGCUCCUGGACCUGGACCGGCAGGCGGCUCUCGGCCCGGCGCUCGGCGCCAUGCUGGAGGCGCGGUUCGGACCGCAGUGGCGCCAGGCGGUGCUGAAGCGGCCUGCGGGGGCUGCUGCCGCCCCGCCCCUGUUCACGAUCAGCAGCACCCAGGCGGGGCAGGCGUUCGACAGGGCGGUGCAGGCGCUGGGGCUUCGGCGCGUGGGCGUGGUCUGCCGCUACCAGCUGCGCCACGGCGGCGCAAGCCACGACGCGGCGACCGGCGCGAGGACGCUGGAUCAGAUCCGCCAUCGUGGCCGCUGGCGCGCCCACAGCAGCCUCCGCCGCUGCGAGAAAGGGGCGAGGCUCGGCGAGGUGCUCGGGCGCCUGACCACCCCGCUCCGUGCCCACGCGCUGCGCUGCGCCGACUUGCUCGCCGACGUUGCGGCCGGGCGACGCUAGCCUUGCGCGAGCCCCUGAGGGUCCCCGUCUUCGUGGAGAUCUUCUCUGGCUCAGGCAGGCUGGGGCGUGCUGCUGCGCAUGAAGGGCUGCAGGUGCUCUGGUGGGGCAUCUCGUUCGGCGACGCCUAUGACCUGACGCUUGGCAAGAAUCAGAAUCUGCUGAUGGGCUGGCUCGCUGGAGGCCUCAUCAUCGGGUUUCACGUCGCGCUGCCAUGCCAGACCUACUCCCGCAUUCGCGAUCGUGGAGGCGGGCCGCCGCCGCUGAGGAGUGACGCCUGGCCGUGGGGGCUUCCGAACCUCGCGGCCGCCUUGCAGCGCAAAGUGGCGCUUGCCAAUAAUCUCACUCGCUUCGCAUGCCGCUUGUGUCGUGAGGCGAUCCUUCGUCGGAUCCCCUGGUCUUUGGAGAACCCGCGAACCUCGCGCCUGUGGCUGUGUAAUUCAAUCGUUGCCCUUACGAAACGUAAGAAUGUCAGCAGUGUGUGCGCUGAUUUCUGCAUGUGGGCGGGACCUUUCAAAAAAUUCACCACGUUUGUAUCGUACCUCGUCGAUCUCUCUGGGCUCGCCACUCGCAGGUGCCUCGGUGGCCGCAGAAUGUGUGCCCGCACUGGCGAGCCGCACCAGCAGUUGGUCGGCAAGCGUCAGGGCGGUGUAUUUUGGACUAAAGUUGCCGAACCAUAUCCAGCCCCGCUUUGCAGUUUCAUCGCCAAACGGUUCUGGGACAUAAUUGCUGCGCGAACCGCUCAGAAAUUUGACAGGUUCCUGUCUGUUGCUUAA